GUAAAAUCUUUCAGAGGAAGAAGAGCGUGGUUGUUUUAAAAGUGGACUGAACUCCUCGAACUGCUUGCUUGCCAACUGAACUGAACUGAAGCGGUGCAAGUCAAGCCCGGAGUAGAAUCUAAGCAGCAUGGCUCAGAAGCUGCUGAUAAUCGACACAGACUGUGGCAUAGAUGAUGCUCUGGCUAUCAUAGUAGCCCUGGCAGCUCCUGGUGUGAAGGUGUUGGGCAUCACCUGCUGCUUCGGGAACACUGAUGUGGAUAAUGUGUGUCAGAAUGUGAUGCGGGUUCUGACAGUCUGUCAACAAACCCAGAUUCCAGUUUUUAAAGGGUCUGCUAGUCCUCUAAUCGGACCUGUGACAGGAUUUAAAGAUCACUUUGGCACAGAUGGACUUGGAGAUGUUCUGGAGAACUCAGAGAUUUGGAAAGAGCAGAUUCAGAAAGAGCAUGCUGUUCAUGCUUUAAUAAGACUUGUAAAUGAAAACCAGGGAGAGGUAUCGCUCAUAGCUCUUGGUCCAUUGACCAACUUGGCUUUGGCUGUUCGAUUAGAUCCCACCCUCCCUCAGAAGCUCAAGGAUCUGUACAUUAUGGGCGGUAACAUGGAAGGCAAGGGAAAUCUGACACCAUCUGCAGAGUUUAAUUUUAGUAUGGACGCUGAAUCAGCUUAUGUAGUUUUGGAGGAAUAUACCUGCUCAACACACAUCGCAACCUGGGAGUUCACUUGCAGAAACAAACUAUCUUGGGAGUGUUUUGAUGAGCUGGUCAAUCAGGAUACAUCCGCUGCUCGAUUCAUGAAGAAGAUAACCUCCACGUGCUGGGCCUACUCUAGAGAACCUCGCAUCAUCAACAAAGAUUUGCUCUUUGGGCGCGGGUUUGUACCCUACGACGCCUUCGCUGUGGCAGCUUGUUUGGACCGCAGCGUGAUCACAGAGACGUUACAGUGUGCUGUUCGUGUGGAAAUGCAUGGUCAGCUGGGACGAGGCAUGAUGGUUGUGGACGCAGCAAAUACACUAAAGAAAGACCAUCGUGUCUUUGUGAUGAGGACAUGUAAUCUUAAAAAGUUUGGUUUGAUGCUGAAAGCAGCUUUACAAAUCGCAUAGAAAUGCUUCUUUGCGAAAUAUUUGUAUUAUGAGAUUUCCAUUUUCAAAUGUAGGAUCCUUUGCACUUUAUUGGUGAAACUAACCGUUCUGUUAUCGUUCCAAACCCCUCAAUUUUCAAAACACAAAAGAAAAUAUUAAUAACAAUGUCUACGGUGGGCCAGUAAUGCAUAACACAAUGAAAUCUCCACAACACAAUGGAAACAACUACAUUAGUCUUUUGUGUUGUGUUGUGCGCCACUGUAGAUUCCUGUCCACACAACCAAAACAUUGAUGCUUCAGAAAGUUUAUAAAGAUGCCAUAAAACUAAUCUAUAUUAACCAUUCAUUGGUCUGUUUAAAUAUGAAAGGAAAAGCUUAAAUUAAUUCUAUUCAUCAUAUAAAGUGAUAAGGUCUCUUCAGAAGAAUUGGAUUAAACUUCUUGAACUUAAAUUUAGGCAGAAAUAAAAUGAGAAGUCAA